CACACACAUAGAGUUUCUAAUGCUCUACACACCAAAUAAUAUGGACUAGAUGCUGCAUUUCUUUUUUCCAUUAUUUAUUAUUUACUAUAUCACUAAUGAGGAUAUAAACAAGGCAUGAUCACCGUAUGGCCGGAGCCUCUUUAAGAAGGUAGCGGAUGGAGAUGGUCGCCACUGAUGUUGCACUGCUGCUGGCUGUUUGUCUGCUGACUACAGCUGCUUCAUCUUUAGCCCUCUAUAGCAAUGGAGAAUGUACCUUCAACACUAAAGGGAGCUGUGAAUACCAGGGUCAAGUCUUUGGUAUUGGUGACAGCUGGAUUACUAAUGACUGCUACCACUGUGUGUGCAUGGAACCCUUUGGAGUAGGCUGCUGUGAUCACAAUCCACAGCCUGUAGAUUAUCCAGACUGGUGUGAGGUCAUCAGGAAGCCUGAUUCGUGUGUCAGUGUAGUGGUGAUGAAGGCUAAUCGUAAAUUUCCCUGUCUCUAUGGGAAAUGGGGGAAACAUCCAGACAACUGGAAAUCCGACAAUGACCCAUUAUUUUAACUGUCUAAUAUUAUUUAUUGCGAAUUAAUUUAAAUAAAGAAAUCUGAUAGCCUGACUAGAGAGUGCCCAAAUUCCUUUAAUGUAUGUACAAUUAUAUGCAAGUAAUCCACAUGACCUAGAUUUCUAAAGAUUUCUUCAAAGGGUCUGUAAUACUAAUAGUAUUCAGUUAGUAAUUUGUUUUUUAGUUGUUUAUAUCCAGAUUGGAUAUGUUUUCAUGCGCUUUCUAUCUUGAGUUAAUAAAAGUCACUUAUAUGUUGUA